GCUGGCGAAGGAGCCGAGGAGAAAGAAACUGCAGGGUUGAAGGCGGCGGCGCAGGGAACGCCGGAAAAAAAGUGCAUGGGAAGGGGAGGCUUACCGUGGGGCUGAGCCAAGCCCAACAUCAGGAGGGCGAUGAGCGGCCCGCCGAGUUCUGGACAACCUGAAGGCUUGCCACACUUUUGCAACAUUUUGCUUGGUUCCCAAAAUCUGAAAGAUGACUGUUACAAUAAGAAAAAAUCCAAAGAUAUGAAAACUGAUCUUAUGCAAAAGCUGAUCCCUCCUGUCUUGUUUCUGAUUUUGGCUGUGUUGCUCGUGAACUUGCUCCUCUCUCAGUACUUCAGCUAUGUGUAUGUUUCCCAUGGACAGGCCGAUGUUGAACACAACUCUUGUCCUCAUGGUUACUUCAGACUAGGAACCGUUAAGAACUGUUCUCCAUGGCUGUCUUGCGAGGCCAUGAAAAGAGAAGUCCGCAAACUGAAACGCAUUGGUGAAGGAGCUGUGAAAAGGGUCUUCCUUUCUGAAUGGAAGGAAAACAAAGUUGCCCUUUCCCAGCUAACACUGCUGGAGCUACAAGACGACUUCAUUCAUGGGCUGCAGAUGCUGAGAUUUCUACAAAGCAAACAUGUGGUCAAGCUGCUUGGAUAUUGUGAGGAGGAAUUCAUGGUUCUUACAGAGUACCAUCCAUUUGGCUCCCUGAAGAAUCUGAAUGAAAUAUUGAACCUUCCAAAAUACAAGAGCUUCAACACAUGGCAUAUCAGGUUCCAGCUUGCCAUAGACUAUGUGAACAUUCUCCAUUACCUGCACAACAGCCCCUUGGGCACUCUUGUGAUGUGUGACUCCAAUGACUUGGAUAAAGUACUUUCUCAGUACUUGCUGACGAGCAGCUUCCAUGUUAUUGUGAAUGACUUGGAUGCCUUGCCUUUCGUGGACAAGAAUGCUGGAAAAAUGAUCAGAUGUGGCCAUCGGGAACUGCAGGGUGAGUUUGUUGCUCCUGAACAGCGUUGGCCGUAUGGAAAGGAAAUGCCGUUUGAAGACAACCUCAUGCCUCCAUAUGAUGAAAUGACAGAUAUAUGGAAAAUCCCUGAUGUUUCCAAUUUUGUCUUGGGAGAUGUUGAAGGGAGUGAUCUUGUCAGGUUUCACCUCUUUGGCAUCCACAUGGCAUGUAAAAAGAGCCCACAUGAAAGACCUUCUGCUCAGAUGGUUUUGGACACAUACAAGAAAGUACUAGCAUCGCUUGUCAGAGAAUCAGUUGCACCAAGGACAAGGGACAUGUUAUAAAAAAUACUCAUGGACAAGUUUUGGUACAUAUUUAACUCUCUUCCUAUUCUGAAAAAGACAUGGUGCUGGUUGAAGCAUAAAUAUAAAUAGUGAAACUCUACAAUAGUGGUCAGGAUGAUGGGAGCUAUUGUUCAGCAACAUAUGCAGGGCCAAAGGAUCGCCACACCUGCCCUAAAAGUUUGUCUUGAAAUGUAGCACAUUGCUUUUUCUGUGUUUACUAAGAGAGGUCAUAAAAGGAGGUAUUGUCUGGCAGCCCAAUUUGGGUGAGAGCUAAAUCUGCCUUCUGUGCCUUGUGCCCCUAGUAUGUGGGGUGGGAUACUCAUUUUGCACCUUUUGUGUCUUAUGGUUCACCUCAUUUUCUUUGUUCAUAUCAUUCAGUGGAAGCCACUACAAAUGGAGGUGGUACAUCCUUUGUAUCACCUUGCCCAAGGGCCAGUUGUGGUGAAUCUUUGGCCUUUCAGAUGUUGUAGAACUACAACUCCCACCAUCCCUGGCUAUUGGCCAUACUUGCUGGGGCUGAUAGGAGUGUAGUUCAGUAACAGCUGAAGGGCUAAAGAUUCCCAACACCUGCCCUAUGGAUCAUUUCCUCAUGAUGCUAUUGCAGCCUUUCCCAACCAGUGUGCCUCCAGAUGUUGUUGGACCACAACUCCCAUCAGCCUUAGCCAGC